AUGAAAAUUAUUGAUGACGUGAGCCCAUUUGUCGCAUUCACUGGUGUUUGGUAUGUUGUCGGUAUUGGCCGAUCCCACGACACAGGAUUUGACGCCAUCCUCCGCGACUGGCUGGCUGCCUUCUCGACAGCGGGGGAUUCUGCAGGAGGCUCUCCGAAAAGAGACACCUUCAAAGAAGUCCCUUCGAUGUCCAAUACUACUGAGGAAGAACAAAAUCACGAAAAAAAGAAUCAGGAAGGCGAACCCAUUCAUGGUGACUCUUCCAGUCCAAGCACUGCGAGGGAGACACAGAAUGAAGACUAUCAUGGAAGCCAAUCCUCUCAAGGUGACUCACACCCGUCAAACCCCGUUGAAGAUCAACACGGCCAAGAGGCAGGUGGAGGUCAGACAGAGAAUGCGUCUAGUUGGAUUCAUGAUGCUCUUUCACUCCUGUUCCGGAAUGUCACGUUCCAGAUGACUCCCGGUGGCAUCGAGGUCGGGUUAGGGGGACUUGGGUACCGGCACAAUUUUAGAGAUGGUCCCCAGAACCACCCCAGUCUCAACAAUGGUCCCAAGAGCCAGCCGCAUCUCAAUACAAAUUCGUCCAUCCGUGACUUGCUCAAGUAUCACGGGCAACCGUCCGACAGCGCUGCUCUAAACGACCUAUCGAAAACGUGGGGAAUACGCGUCGGUCCUGACGGCAGUCUGGAACAGAAUGAUGCGCUCCUAAGAGAAGCGAAGGCCAGAGUACGCAGGAAUGGCGGGAAGUGGUUAUGA